ACGCCAAACUUGCCCAACGAGGGGGAGGAGAAAAGGCGAAGCGGAUGGAGUCACAGGUAGCCCAGCGCCCGUGGGAAUACAGAAGAGUUGGGGAUAGGUUAGAUGAGGUAGGUACGGACGACACCUGUGCAUGUCUGGAUUACAGUGAAACCAUUGUUAUUUAUAACAUUUAACCGGAAAGGACAAAGAUUCGUUAUGAGAAAUUGAUAACUUGAACGAGUAGGGGCUGAUGUCUAUCGCUUAACAAGCAAAAUCGGACUUACCAGAACACGGAAAUGUGGAAAGGUCUUAUCACAGAUGACGCGAGACAACUGAAAUUCUCGAUUGGACUCUAAACAGUGCCUAGGACCAUGUCAUGGUGAUGGACCAGGGCACUCAGUGGUUGUACCAGCUCCUAGCGGAGGUCCAGUUAGAGAGGUUCUAUAUACGGAUCCGGGAUGGACUGAAUGUGACGCGCGUCGAGCACUUGAAUUAUGUGAAGGAAUCCGAUCUUGAACAGAUUGGCAUCAGCAAACCAGGACAGCGAAGACUUUGGGAUGCUGUUAAGCGUUAUAAGACUGGGCGACCACGCUCAUGGAUGGCCAAGGUUUUCAGUGGUCGGGGCUCGGAGGCAAGCGACCCAUGGAGUGGCGGUGGAGGUGGUGGGUCUGGGCAGGGCCAGGAGGCUCCCCGAGCGCUGACGUGCCUGAUCCAGGACAGUGAGCUGCUGCUGGGGGAGAGACUGGGGUCCGGCUCCUUUGGGGUGGUGAAGAGGGGUGAAUGGCACACCCCUACAGGAAGAGUUCUCCCGGUGGCAGUGAAGUCAUUAAGAAGCGCCCUGUCAAAGCAGGCAGACACACUGACGGACUUCCUGCAGGAGGUUACAGUCAUGCAGUCGCUGGACCACCCCAACAUCAUACGGCUAUAUGGAGUAGUCCUCACACAUCCUCUGAAGAUGGUGACAGAGCUGGCUCUGCUGGGCUCCCUGUACGACAUGCUGCGCUCGCGACAGGGCGAGUACCCGCUGGGCCGCCUCUGGCUCUUCAGCACCCAGAUCGCCGCCGGCAUGGAGUACCUGGAGAGCCGGCGCUUCAUCCACAGGGACCUGGCCGCCCGCAACGUGCUCCUGGCCUCCAGGGAGUGCGUGAAGAUCGGAGACUUUGGCCUGAUGAGGGGCCUGACGGACGACAGCGACCACUACGUCAUGACCGCACACAAGCGCAUCCCUUUCGCCUGGUGUGCACCAGAGAGUCUGCGAGUGGGCUCCUUCUCCCAUGCGUCUGACGUGUGGAUGUUUGGAGUCACUCUGUGGGAGAUGUUCACCUACUGCGAGGAGCCCUGGCUUGGCUUGUCAGGCAGGAAGAUUCUGUUUCGGGUGGAGAGGGAAGGGGAUCGGCUGGAGAGGCCCACAGACUGCCCUCAGGAGGUCUUCUCCAUCAUGCGUAAAUGCUGGGCCCUGGGCCCCAACGACAGGCCCACCUUUGCAGAGCUCUCUCUUAUGCUAGCAGAGGCAAAGCCCAUGGAUGUUCGAGCUACAAGGGACUUCAACGAACAUAGGAAACUCAGCCUACAGACCAAUGACAUGGUGACGGUUAUAGACCAUGGGCUGGAGUUGAUUGAGUGGAAAGGCCAGAACCAGAGGACCUUGGCUAUCGGCUGGUUCCCUGCUGCCCUGAUCGCGCCGGCCCUUCCUGCCUCCAACCCCUCCGGUUCGGUACAUGCGUCGUCCGCACCGGUCAAGAUCUCUGCCCCACUGAGAGGCAGCCUCCAGCAUAAGAGCCAUGGAGAUGUCCACCCCGACCGCAGCUGGGGGACACCGGAACGCUUGGAUGAUAACACUACAUGGAGAAUUCCAUUGGCCAAGGAGAAGGAAGGCUCCAACCUAAAAAAAAUGUCAGGAAUGUCGCGGAGCUUGGAGUCGGUCCUAGCGAGCCCUCCCAACAGAGAACAGAGAGCGGGCAACCCCGGAGGCCGACAGCUGGACGGCCACAGGCCCAUGAACACCGCCUUCCCUGGGGGUCAGGUUCACAAGGACCCCCGUCGCUUCAGUGACGCCAACAUCGUGCCCCCGCCUCGCCCUCCUCCCCCCAACAUGAAACUGUUAAAGUACCCACCCAUGAUGGGUGGCCGCGAACGCAGGCCUGCUACCCAGGUGUUACUACCUCCUCCUCCUGCACCUCCUGCUGCUCCUCCUCCUGCUGCUCCUGGCCCUCAGCAGCAUCCUCAGCUGCUCCAGAUGCAGCCUCAUCCUCAUCCUCAGCCGCACCACAGUGGGGCGCCUAGCAACCUGGCACGGAUGGCACACAUGGCACGCUCCACCCCUCAGCUGGACGAGGGGUGUGGCGGCGACAGGGACAGAGAGAGGCUGCGGGAGAAAUACCCACAAGUGCAGCUGGACAAGGAGGGAUUGAUCAAGCAGGUGUUGGAUGCGGUACAUGGAGUAACCAGUGAGGAAGCGCGAGCUGCUUUGCACAGACACGACUGGAACCCAGUGAAGGCUGAACAAAUGCUAAAGAUUGGACAGCUGUAUUCGAUGGGUUUGUGUUCUAGGGAGGACUGCAACAGAAUCCUCUCCAGACACAAGUGGGACCUGGAGCAGUCGAGCCGGUACCUGUUCAGGUGGGCUCAAGAGGACCGAGGAAGAGACCGAGUGUAGUUGGAUGGGAGAUGCAAAAAAAGAUUAGCGAGGAACAAACGGACAUUGUACUUAAUAAUAAAAGACGUGCCAUUUAUUUUAUACUUCACUUUGAAUUGUAUCCACUCAUGAGCAUCUUUCAAAUGUUUACUGUAAGUCUACUGUAAUGUUUUAGCAAUGAUUUUUAAACACAAUUUUAUAUGCUGAUAAAUUUGUAUAUACUGGCAUUUUGGACUUAAAUAAAUUGUAGUUGGUUUCAGAACAAAGAUUAAUGGCCACACUUCUUUUCCAAAUCUCCCCUGUGGGUGGCAAUGUGGAACCUGUUUCCAUCGCUCAGCACUAGUCUCCACCCCAGAAUAACAUGGUUACCUCCCUCCAGGACAUUCCCCAUUGGCCAGGAAUCUUAACACAGAGCCUAGUGAACUCGCUCUGGGUGGGGCGAAAGAAACCUCUUCUCCGUUUUCAGUCAAGGCCAAAAACGUCUGCACAUCUCUGCUCUCUCCUGGAUAUUUUGAUUAAGACAAGAUUGCAGCAGGAAAGAAUUGUCAUUUGGUAGACCUUUUUAAUUAUACAUUGUCUUACAUUUUAUACGUUCUUUUAGAAUAACAUGUUUAGGGAAUAUAAAAAACAUAGUAACAUUGUAAAAUGAAAAGGCUGUAACAAAAUGAAAGUGGUUAAUUCAAACAUCGUGAAUUGGUAUUGAUUAUAAACAUAAUAGGCCAGAGAUGUUGCACAAAGUAACACCUCCAUGUGUAUAUACAACUUGAACAACUUACAAAAGUACAUCAUACAUGAACAGACGAACAAUUGACACAGAUUGAAACACCAGUGGACAAAUGUUUAGGUAUCUCACGAAAACAAUGUGUUAAUUCAGCAACUGCAAUUCUACUGUUAAACUUUUACGCGUUUACGUGUUUUGCAAACAAACGUGCAAGUCUUGUGAAGCAGACCCUAACCUAAGCAUCUCAACAUACAGUGGCUUUGACAUUUAUAAUGGCUUUGGGAGGUGAAUGGAGAAGAUAAUCUGGAUUGGUUGUCUGUAGCUGGCUGUGUUUUAUUCUAUAUAAUCUGAAUUUCCAGAUUGUUUUCUCCAGCGAAUUUGCAACUUACUCCACACAUGUUGAAGAAUUUCUGUAAAAACCCUGCUGGAUUAUUUGGUUACCCCUGGCAACAAACUGAUUUGGGAGUGUAUCCCGUAAAGAGAAAAUAACUUUCUCUAAGGACAAAACACUGCAGUCAGACCACAUUUUUUUUUCUUUGCAAGAGACAUGAGGUGGUAAUCAUUUCUUUGGCUUCACAUACGAGGCCGUGACCUUCAAGAAAUUCCGGCACCCUGACACAUCCUCAGGUGACAGAGCAGCGUUCAGUAAUAAAAAAACACAAAUACUUGCUUUCUACUAGACAACGAUUUGCCAACCUGGGAGUCUCUCUGCCUCAUCACACAACAACUCACUCCGGUUUUCACUCCCCUCCCACACUGUCCCUCCCUUCAUGUGUUGUCGAUUUCCAUUUGGCUUUAACACUGAAACUUCCGCAGACUUGGGAGGAAAAAGUGACUAAGGCUGGAGUUCCCACACCCUGCCUACAGCCUUACAAAACCUACUGUAACAUCAACUUGGUGUUAGCAGUCAAUGCCGUGUGUGUGUGUGUGUGUGUGUGUGUGUGUGUGUGUGUGUGUG